GGGUUGAAAAGAAAGGGGACGCUGCUUAUGCGGACAUUACGGAAGACGUCCGCCGUGCUUCCGGGGCCGCAACUCUGAGGGAGACUCCGGCGCGCUCUCGUCUUCCUCCUCCUCGCGGCGGCAGAGAUGGCGGCGGAGAUCCACUCGCGGCCUCAGAGCAGCCGCCCGGUGCUGCUAAGCAAGAUUGAGGGCCACCAGGACGCCGUCAGCGCCGCCCUCGUCAUCCCCAAGGAGGACGGCGUCAUCACCGCCAGCGAGGACAGGACCAUUAGAGUAUGGCUGAAGAGAGACAGCGGCCAGUAUUGGCCCAGCAUUUACCACACCAUGUCAUCUCCUUGUUCAACUAUGGCUUAUCACCAUGAUAGCAGACGAAUAUUCGUUGGCCAGGAUAAUGGAGCCAUUAUGGAAUUCCAUAUCUCAGAAGACUUUAAUAAGAUGAAUUUUGUCAAGACUUAUCCAGCUCAUCAAAACAGAGUGUCUGCGGUGAUCUUUUGCUUGGAAGCUGAAUGGGUUAUCAGUACCGGCCAUGAUAAAUGUGUCAGCUGGAUGUGUACCAGAAGUGGAAACAUGCUGGGAAGACAUUACUUCACUUCUUGGGCUUCUGCCUUACAAUAUGACUUUGAAACCCAGCAUGCCUUCGUUGGUGACUACUCUGGACAGAUCACCCUGCUGAAGCUUGAACAGAACACAUGCUCAGUGAUUACAACUCUCAAGGGCCACGAAGGAAGCAUUGCUUCCCUUUGGUGGGACCCUGUUCAGCGGUUGCUCUUCUCUGGCGCCUCGGAUAACAGCAUAAUCAUGUGGGAUAUUGGCGGGAGGAGAGGCCGGACACUGCUUCUGCAAGGCCACCAUGAUAAAGUACAGGCCGUUUGUUACCUCCAGCUGACACGACAGUUGGUUUCUUGUGCAGCUGAUGGAGGAAUCACAGUCUGGAAUAUGGAUAUUACCAGAGAAGAGGCCCCUCAGUGGUUGGACAGCGAUUCUUGUCAAAAAUGUGAGCAGCCAUUCUUCUGGAAUAUAAAGCAGAUGUGGGACACAAAGACGUUGGGGCUGAGACAGCAUCACUGUAGGAAAUGUGGCAAGGCAGUGUGUGGCAAGUGCAGCACUAAACGGUCCAGCUAUCCCAUCAUGGGUUUUGAAUUCCAAGUCCGGGUCUGUGAUGCCUGUUUUGAUUCAAUCAAAGAUGAGGAUCGUACUUCUUUGGCAACCUUUCAUGAAGGAAAGCAUAAUAUUUCCCAUAUGUCAAUGGACAUUUCACGAGGACUUAUGGUGACCUGUGGAAGUGACCGAGUAGUAAAGAUAUGGGAUAUGACACCAGUAGUAGGUUGCGGCCUUGCAACUGGAUUCGCCUCACGCUGAUUUGGGUCUGCCAGGAUGAUACACCUUAAGCACCAAAUGGAUACACUCCCUUUUGUGACUCGUACACAAAAAGGUUGUCUACUUGACUCUGUGAAUGCUCUUUGGCAAGAUCGACAGCCGCUUUUUUGUGGAGCAGAAUUCGUUUUUACGAUUUACUGUGAGCGACAGACAGAGGAAGUUCAACUACAAGCUCAUAGCCUGUGGAACAAAGACAGAAAAAGCAUUUAUAAGCAAGAAGACAUCCAGCCAAGAAAGAAUACUCGUAACUUGAUUUGCUUGUAAUAUUUAAUAUGCUUUUCUCUGCUGAAAAAAUAGCAUACAGUGGCUAAAGGUUACAUUGAGUGUAGUGAUGACAACACAUGUACAAAUAGUAAGUUAUUCUCAGUCCUUGUAAACCAUCCCUGUAGAUUAGUUUUGUCUUAGUAACAGUGGAGAUUGGCUCACAGGCUCACUCACUUUGCCAGUAGAAGGGGAAAAGAAAUAACUUUUCUUUCCCAGCAGCAUUGCAAUAAGAAAGAGAAUGUUGAUUAGAAUGUUUUGGAGUAUUUUCUACUAGUUCUGUUUGUUAUUGACCCUUGAAAAGUUGCUCAUACUAUGUGAAAAUGAUUUCCAAAUUGUCUUGAGUAGCUUUUUGUACCUGGCAAAAUUACCAAAUUCACAACUUUUUUUUUACAGUAGUAGAAGUGAAGUAAAACAAAAUGCAUCAUGUGCCAUGUAUGUAUAGACAUGUCCCAGUGGAAGAUAAAUGAAACUGACUUCUGUUGAGUUAAUUAGCUGCUAUGUGCUUCCCUUGCCCCUGAAAUAUGGACUUUGGUGUUUUCCAACAUCCAAAGAGGAUGUUAAUGAAGUGGUAAGUCUCAUCUUGAUCGUAAAGUAAGUGUUGAAUGUGAUUUUUGAAACCAUUUAACAGUAACAUUGUAGAGGGGCCUUAUGUAUGUGUUCCUGAGUUAACGUGACAAAAAACUGAGAUUUAAAGUCUCAUUCCUUUGGAAAAUGAAGCUCAUUUUACUGUGUUACACUACAAAAUCAUGAGAAGGGAAAUGUCUUUUGAAGCCGAAGCUUCACCUCCAAGACUACUCUGUUUCUUUUUGAGAAUCCUUCGUAUUGUUAAAUUUAAGUUCUUGAAGAAAUAAUAGCUUUGUUUUUUUAUUUUAAAAAUCCAUGUGGUCUUAGAAAGUUAAUGAACAAAAUGCUUUUUUAGUUCCCUGAGAGCCAGUUAAGAUUUGUGGUUCAGAUAGGCUCAUUUAUCUAGCCUGCGGAAGACCUCUCUAGAUACCAAUGUCUCUUAUCCCAUUGUGUAGUUUGGUGUUCAUCUCUAAGGGGUCUGAAAAUAUUGUGCUAAAUGGAAAAAAAGAAAAUGUCUAAAUGUUUCUCACAAGGCCACUGCUGAUUGUAUAUCCUUUUAAAGUACAAGUCCCUGGAAUCAAGUGAACAUUUGAACCAAGGUUUCAAUCUUUUCUGUUCUUCAAGUUAAGAAGUUAGAUACAAUGGAAGAAAAAUCUAGUAACAAAAGAAGAAACAAUGCUCCUAACACUGUCAUAAAAUAGGGAUAAAUCAAUGUUACGUUAUGCUUCUGAAAUUGUGCAUUUUUUAACCUCAGAAAAGGGACAGAUGCUCUUGAAGGUAGGAUAACACAUUUGAGCUAGUGCAGUUGCUUAGUAGUUGAAAGAAAAAUAACUAAAAUCAGAACAUUUUCUUCGGAGUUAAUACAUUCAUAAGGCCAAUGAAUACAGCCUCAUCAGACUGGUAAACCCAUACUACUCAAUGCCUUAUUGGAUUGUCGAAAAGUUGAACUUAACUUGUAUCAGUUAAACAAGAAUGAGUCUUUUCACCUCAGUGCCAGAAAGAUGACCUUUUUCUGGAAAUGUGCAUCUGUGUUACAAAAAUACUACCUUACUUGAAAACAUUUCUUUUCCCCUUCUCCUUUAAAUGGGUGUUACCUUGCACACAUGACUUUUUUCAUUCUUAAAAACUUGGGAUGGCUUGCUGGCCAUAGGUAGGAAGGCACCCAACAUCUAUACUUAUCCUGACAAAGUAGAUUCCCUUUUAAUCAUUAGCAGCAUAAACCACGGAAUAAUAUAUUUCACCUCUUGGCAAUUACACUGCUAGUCUUCCAAGAAUAUUUUGCCAAAGGGUGCUGAAUUUGCUCCAUGAAUGAAAGAAUAUCUUUAUUUCUUUGCGGCAAACAGAAUUAAAAUUAUUUAGAUGAUGCCAACAUUUUAGAGAAAUGUUGUUGGCAAAACAACAGUCUGCAUAUUUCCAAGUAUUUAGAUUCUUCAUAUGAGUCAUUUUUGCUUAAGUCUAUAUUGCUUGCUUUUGUAUAGGAAAAUGAUGUGUUUGGGGGGAGGGAAUGGGGAAGAGGACAAGAAUCAUGCUGUGCACUGUAACACUGUCCUUGUAACUUUAAAUGUGGAGUUAUUUAGGUUUGACAUACUUACCCUAUUUCCCCCCAACAAAUGGGCUGAGAAGCAACAAGUACUAAUGCAUUUUUCUCUGAUGGAUUUGUUCCUGUGAAAGACUGUAUCAUUCAUUAUCUGAGAUGCUGUUGUUGUUGUUUAUUGUUUCCCUCCUGUCUUUUGGGGAAAAAAAGAACUUUGAAUAUUGUACAAUUAAAAAAAUAUUUCCUGAUA